AUGGUGUCCCUAACCGAAGGUCAGAAAGCGACUCUGAGUCCUGAAGCGGUGGAAUUUCUCACCAAGAUCCGCCAUCCUCCGCUAGCAAAUACACUUUCAUCUUUCAUAACAUCACCAUGUCGAGUCCCAGGCUUGCGCCAGGGCUUUGGGGAUAAGACAGCUCCCGGUGAAGCUCAGCUCAUUGAGAAGCACAAACUCCAGAUCAAUGAGACUCUCGUUGCUGGGGUCUCAGUUGUCAUAAUUGAACCGCCAAUCAUCAAGCCUGAGAAACAGAAGAAAAUACUGUUCAAUGUCUUUGGAGGAGCUUUCAUCAUGGGCAGCCCCCGAGAUAGAGCAGCAUUGACUGUGGCGGUUGAACUUGGUGUUCGCGUCUACUCUGUCGACUACACCAAAUCUCCUGAGGCCAAGUACCCGGAGGCUCGAGAUCAGUGUCUUGCUGUAUACCGGGAGCUCCUCCAAAACGGCCCUCCAGGUUCUUCUCCUGUUGAUCCGUCUGACAUUUACGCCAUGGGAUGCUCUUCAGGUGCGCAGAUACUCGUCUCGAUGCUUCUUGUGGCGAGACAGAAAGGUCUUCCUAUGCCAACUGCUGGGAUGUACCUCUGCACACCUGCACUCGACUUAAGUGGAGCUGGCGAUUCUAUGGUCUUUAACUCUUUGGGUCGCGAUAUCAUGCCUGUUAGCCUUCUCACCGGUAUGGUGUCCCAGAACUAUGCUCCCGAAGAAAUCGAUGUGACGGAUCCUCUUUACUCGCCUAUCUACGCUGACUAUGAUGAGUCUUUCCCGUCGACAGUUAUCACAGUCGGGACGCGAGACUUUGCGCUUAGCCAUGGGAUACGGUUCUAUUGGAAGUUGAGGGAAGCUGGUGUAGAGGUUGAACUGCUGGUCUCUGAGGGAAUGUGGCAUGGCUUCAAUUGGGACCCGGUGAUCCCGGAGUCAAUCAGGGCUCGUGCUGCAGUGAUCAAGUUCCUGGAGGACACACGAUAG